AUGGGAAAUAGAUACCAUCAGCAGCAGCAGAUUAAUAGUAAAGGAAUGUUUUUGCCAUUGUUGUGUUCUAAACCUUCCAUUAAAGAUGUGGUUCUUCCCAAAUGGAAAGUUGUUGACAGGUCGGCUUCCUUGUCUGAAGAUCCAUUGUCACCAAAGAUCAGUUGCAUGGGACAAGUGAAGAGGAACAACAAGAUUGUUGGGUUCCCUGUUUCUUACAAGCUCAGUACUGUCACCCCCAAGAAUAGCAGCAGCUUCAAUAGUAGUACUGUCAAAUAUUUCAAGCUUAAGAAGCUCUUUUCUGGUAAGAAUUUAACUGGCAGCCCCGCUACCUCCACAACCGCCGCCACCACCGGUUGUAGAAGAAAACAAGUGUUGAUAAAUGGGACAAGCAAGCCUAAGGGUGAUGAUGGGAAAGAGAAUUCUGGUACAAUCAACAUUGAAACCAUGGAUCCACCUUUGCCUGUAAUAAAAAAAGGGCCGAAACAAGGUGAUGAAAGAGAAGGAUCCGAUACUACACUUUGGCAGAGGAGAUCACGUGGGGUUGCACUGGAAAGAUUACAGCUUCAACAGAUUCAACUUAACAGACAUCAAGAACCAACCACUGUUUGA